AUGAAGAUGCUCCCAGGAGUGGGCGUGUUUGGGACUGGCAGCUCUGCCCGGGUUCUGGUCCCACUGCUGAGGGCAGAAGGGUUCACCGUGGAGGCCCUGUGGGGGAAGACUGAGGAGGAGGCAAAACAGCUUGCUGAGGAAAUGAACAUCACCUUCUACACCAGCCGGACGGAUGAUGUCCUGCUGCAUCAAGACGUGGAUCUGGUGUGCAUCAAUAUCCCCCCUCCACUCACCCGGCAAAUAUCUGUGAAGGCUCUAGGCAUUGGGAAGAAUGUGGUUUGUGAGAAGGCAGCAACCUCGGUGGAUGCCUUCCGGAUGGUGACAGCCUCACGCUACUACCCACAGCUGAUGAGCCUGGUGGGGAAUGUGCUGCGCUUUCUGCCUGCCUUUGUGCGCAUGAAGCAGCUGAUCGCCGAGCACUACGUGGGUGCAGUGAUGAUCUGCGAUGCCCGCAUCUACUCAGGCAGUCUGCUUAGCCCUAACUAUGGCUGGAUCUGCGAUGAGCUCAUGGGCGGUGGGGGCCUGCACACCAUGGGCACCUACAUUGUGGACCUGCUGACCCACCUGACUGGCCAAAGAGCUGAAAAAGUCCAUGGGCUCCUCAAGACCUUUGUGAGGCAGAAUGCGGCCAUUCAUGGCAUCCGGCAUGUCACCAGUGAUGACUUCUGUUUCUUCCAGAUGCUCAUGGGUGGGGGGGUGUGCAGCACAGUAACACUCAACUUCAACAUGCCAGGUGCCUUUGUGCACGAGGUCAUGGUGGUGGGCUCUGCAGGACGUCUUGUUGCCCGGGGAGCUGACCUCUAUGGACAGAAGAACUCUGCCACACAAGAGGAGCUGCUACUGAGGGACUCGUUAGCUGUGGGUGCAGGACUGUCUGAGCAGGGGCCCCAGGAUGUCCCACUGCUCUACCUAAAGGGUAUGGUCUACAUGGUGCAGGCCUUGCGCCAGUCCUUCCAGGGGCAGGGGGACCGCCGCACAUGGGACUACACCCCUGUCUCCAUGGCUGCCUCAUUUGAGGAUGGGUUGUACAUGCAGAGUGUCGUGGAUGCCAUCAAAAGGUCCAGCCGAUCCGGGGAAUGGGAGGCUGUGGAGGUGCUGACACAGGAACCCGAUGCCAACCAGAACCUGUGUGAGGCGCUCCAGCGGAAUAACCUAUGAGCUUGCACGUGGGCUCCCUGCCACAGGCAAAGGGGCCAGGGAGGGUCAGGUCAAGAUGGGAGGGCUUGGCUGUAGCAUAGACAGUGUCUUUCAUUUAACAAGUCAACUUGUGCAGGGUCUAGGUGAAGUCCAAGGUGGCCUUGGUAAAAUUCCCCCUCCAGCACUCAUUUACUCCUCAGAUUUGUAGGGCGGUGAUGCUCCCCUGUUGCUAUGGUUGAGUGGUCUAGCAUAAUGUGCAACAGGCAGAGCUGCUGCCAGGUCUCUGUGUCAUUAAUGCUAAUGAGCAGGGCCAGCAAAAGCUUGACUUGGGGGCUUCAGACUAUUUGUGGUCCUAAGUGGAUGGGAAAGCAUAGCAAGGAGCCGGUUUAGCUGAUUCCUCAGGCCUGAGGAGAAAUGACAAGAACCCUGUUUCCGUGCCUUUCUUGGGCUUAAGGCAUCUCACGAAUGGUGAGGAUAGCAAGUCAUCCCUCUGGGAUCCACACCUGCCUGCCCACCCUCCCAUGCGACCAGGCCCUUUUGGCUUUCAGGCUGCCCCUUCCCUGGCCAGGAGGAGGGGUCCUUCAUUAGGUGAGCUCUCAGUGGACUGUUUUCUAGAGCAGAGGGCUCCUGAUUUGGCAGACAGGAGACAGGGGAGAGUUCUGAAACAUCCGAUAAAUGUUAAUAAAUCAAACUCUAACACUAUGGCAUGUGGUUGUUGGCUCUUUCCACUCUAUCUGAACAAAAAAUGGAAAAAUGUCCUUGGUUGAAGA